CAGAAGCUCCUUCUCCUUCUCCUCUGUGACUCUCUCAGAACUCAAGCAACCAAUUUCAAAUCCAAUCAUGGGGAGCUCAACCUUCUGUGCCUUCUUCCUCCUGUGUGCAAUCUUGGCCGUCCACGUGGCACAAUCCUCAUCCUCCACCCUCGACCUGGACGCCUUCUUCCUCCCUCUCAAGUCCGGCUGUCGCGGAUCCGUCGCCGAGUGCAGCCUCCUCGCCGGCGACGACGCCGAGUUUCUGAUGGAGUCGGAGAGCAACCGGCGCAUUCUAGCAGGAAGGAGCUACAUAAGCUACGGUGCGCUGAGGAGGAACACUGUCCCUUGCUCCCGACGUGGUGCUUCCUAUUACAAUUGCCGCCCCGGCGCUCAGGCCAACCCCUACAGCCGCGGAUGCAGUGCUAUCACCCGAUGCAGGCGUUGAAUCUAUUCUUCUUCUCUUUUUUUUUUUAUUUCAUUUUUUUAUUUAUAUUUUUGUAAUUGAUGAAAAUUGUUAUAUUAUUAUUGUCGUGCUACUAAAUAUAUAUACACAAGUAGAGAAGAGAAAGAGAAGUAGAGAUGAAUAAAAUCUAAUUGCCGCCGUUUGUAUCUGUAUCUGUGUUGUAAUUUAAUUUAAUCUUAGGUGCACAUUAUUGAUUGUUA